AUGGCCGCCUCACGCACCCUCCGAAUAGGCCUUAUCCCAGGCGACGGUAUCGGCCGCGAAGUCAUCCCAGCCGGACGACGCAUCCUCGAAGCCUUACCUGCAUCGCUCGGCCUGAAAUUCAGCUUCGUCAACCUCGAGGCCGGCUUCGAAUGUUUCCAAAAGACAGGCGUAGCUCUACCAGAUAAAACCCUCGAAACCCUAAAGAAAGAAUGCGAUGGCGCUCUCUUCGGCGCCGUCAGCUCGCCCACGACACCAACGAAGGGGUAUAGUAGUCCCAUUGUCGCGCUGCGCAAGAAACUCGAUCUCUAUGCCAAUGUCCGGCCUGUUAAGUCGGUGGCUCCUACCCGCGCCUUUCCCGACCCGAUUGAUCUUGUGAUCGUGCGGGAGAAUACAGAGGACUUGUACGUGAAGGAGGAAAGGACGUACGAGAAAGACGGCGAUAUUGUGGCAGAAGCAAUCAAACGUAUCACCAAAUCCGCCUCGUCCCGCAUAGCGACCAUGGCCGGCGAGAUCGCGCUGCGGAGAGCGAAGAUAAGAGCGGAAGUCGGUGGCGAUUCCGCAGCGGCGAAGCAGAAACAGACGAUGGUGACCGUGACGCACAAAUCCAACGUCCUCUCCCAAACCGAUGGGCUCUUUCGCCAAACGGCCUUUGACGCACUCGCUCAGCCGAAGUUCAGGGAUGGAGGGGUGAAGGUCGAGGAGCAGAUUGUGGACAGUAUGCUCUAUAAACUCUUCAUCCAACCCGCCUACUACGACGUCGUGGUCGGGCCGAAUUUGUACGGUGAUCUUCUCUCCGACGCUGCAGCAGCAUUGGUCGCAUCCCUAGGCCUUGUGCCAUCAGCUAAUGGGAUCUCGAACCCAAUUGCGACACUCAGGAGUGUUGGGCUGAUGUUGGAGUUUCUGGGCCAGGAGGAGGCGGCUGCGAAAAUUUACGCGGCGGUUGAUGGGUCACUACUGGAGGGUCGGCUGUUGACGCCUGAUAUGGGUGGCAAAGCGAAGACGGACGAGGUUGUUGAGGAUGUUAUCAAGAGGCUGUAA